AUGGCGGACGUCGACGAAACACCCGUCGAGCGCAAGCCCAGAAAGUCCGUAGCGUUUUCCGAAGGAACGACCAUAGUCGACGGCGACGGGCAGAUCACGAUGAACGGCACAAACGGCGACAAAGAGUCUGCGCAGAGUCAUGCGGCAGACUCCGACGACAAGGCCGUGGACGAAGUUACCGAUAUGUUCAAGGAUCUUGCAAAGAAGAAGAAGAAGUCUAAGAAGCCCAAGGAGGGCGAAGAGGAGGCUCCCGCCGCCGACGCAGAGUUCGACCCGUCAGCGCUGAAGAAGCUAAAAAAGAAGAAGAAGCCCAAGGCGGACGCUGAGGACUUCGAGGCGAAGCUUGCGGAGGCCGGUGCCGGCGAACAGGAGCAGGAGGCAGAGGCACCCGCGGAGCCAGCGGUACAAGAAGGGGAUCCGGACAAGGGCACAGGCAUCUGGCAACAUGAAGAAACGACGCCGAUCAGCUAUCAGCUACUGCUCUCGCGGUUCUUCGGCCUACUACAAUCGCAUCAUCCGGAUCUGAUGACGUCGGGAAGCAAGAGUUACAAGAUUCCGCCGCCUCAGUGCCUACGAGAAGGCAACAAGAAGACAAUUUGGGCAAACAUGGCUGAGAUCUCGAAGCGCAUGAAGAGAAACGACGAGCACGUGACACAGUUUCUGUUCGCUGAACUGGGUACGAGCGGCAGUGUGGACGGCAGCAGGCGGCUAGUCAUCAAGGGUAGAUUCCAACAGAAGCAGAUAGAGAACGUCCUGCGAAGAUACAUCGUGGAAUACGUGACAUGCAAGACAUGUCGUUCUCCCGACACCGAGCUCAACAAGGGCGAGAAUCGUCUCUACUUCAUCACCUGCAACUCCUGUGGCUCGCGCCGCAGUGUCACGGCCAUCAAGACCGGUUUCUCAGCCCAGGUCGGCAAGAGGAAGAGGCAGCAGGGUUAG